AUGUAUUGUACAAGAAGGAAGCGACUGCAGCUGAGCCGGGUCCUGUUUCUCCUCUGUGGGGUUUUUCUCUGUACCCUCUACCAGCUGACCAUCAGUGCCAGACUGUACAAGCCUUUGCCAAUGCCUCAGAUUGGAGAGGACUUUGGAGAAGGUUCAACAGGGGGGGUUGACGAGGCUACAGUAGAGACUCGGGGGCUGGAGGAACCUCUCACUGCAACACGUGAAUUAGAGCCCACAGAUCAAACAACACCAGGGAUGCAUGGUGUAGAUCAUUCAGAUACAACUUCAGAUUUUAAAGCAUCCACCCCCACUGAAUCUCCACCAUCACCAACUACAAACCGGACUCUUGUGCAUUGCAUCUACGUGGCCCCUGAGCCUCCCCUGGAGAAACCCACGCCCACACCAGCUCCUUCUGUGACCACCAUCACUCCAGCUUCUCCUGGUGAAGCUCCACAUAUAAAGGGUGAAUACCCUGAAGAUCUUUUCUCUAUUGAAGACCGUAGACAAGGCUGGGUGAUACUCCACAUUUUUGGGAUGAUGUACAUGUUCAUUUCACUUGCAAUUGUGUGUGAUGAGUUCUUUGUUCCUGCACUGGGUGUAAUAACAGACAAGUUAGCUAUUUCUCAAGAUGUAGCAGGAGCCACCUUUAUGGCUGCUGGAGGUUCUGCUCCUGAGCUUUUCACAUCCUUGAUAGGAGUAUUCAUCGCUCACAGCAAUGUGGGUAUUGGCACAAUUGUUGGUUCAGCAGUUUUCAACAUUUUGUUUGUGAUUGGAAUGUGUGCUUUGUUUUCACGGGAGGUGCUACAUCUAACCUGGUGGCCACUUUUCAGAGAUGUAUCCUUCUACAUACUUGGCCUAAUCUUACUCAUCAUCUUCUUCUUGGAUAAUGUCAUAAUGUGGUGGGAGAGCAUGAUGCUGGUGGCCUGUUACACUCUCUAUGUAAUUUUCAUGAAGUUCAACGUGCAAAUAGAGCGGACCUUUAAGACUCUACUGCUCAACAACAAGAACAUUGUCAGACUUAUUGCUGUGGAAAACCCUGAAAAGGUAAGCACUCCUGCAAAUGGGGACGCUGAAUAUAAUGUCCAUCCUGCUCCAGAGAACAAGAGUCAGUUAAAGUUGAAGCCAUCCCUUCAGCGAGGGGGAAGCUCAGCUUCUUUACACAACAGCACCAUGAGAAACACCAUCUUCCAACUUAUGAUCCACACAUUAGAUCCUCUAGGAGAGGAGAAAUUUAAGGAUAAGGCUGAGACACUGAAUAAUGUGGCUAGACGGACGGCAGAGAGCAAAACUCAAGACCAAAUUGAAGAUGGUGGAGGAAAAACUGAACCGACCAAAGAGCCAGAGGCUGCCCCAGCCCCAGCAACUGAGAAGAAGGAUCAACCAGAGGACAUUAAGGAGGAUUUGCCAGCAGGAGACGAUGGGUCAGGAAGCUCUGACAGUGAUGAAGAUGACAGCAAUGAAGACAGCGAUGAGUCCAGUGAAGAAGAAAAUGAUGAGGAGGAGGAAGAUGAAGAUGAGGGGAAGAAAAAAGAAGAGGAGAAAGAAGAUGAACCUCUGUCUUUAGAUUGGCCUGACACACCACGUAAACAAGCCACCUACCUCUUCCUGCUACCCAUAAUCUUCCCUCUGUGGCUCACAGUUCCAGAUGUACGCAACAAGAAAUCCAGAAAAUUUUUUGUGGUCACCUUCCUGGGCUCCAUUCUGUGGAUUGCUAUCUUCUCCUACCUCAUGGUGUGGUGGGCCCAUCAGGUGGGUGAGACCAUCGGCAUCUCAGAGGAGAUUAUGGGCCUUACUAUCCUGGCUGCAGGGACAUCCAUUCCUGACCUUAUUACCAGUGUGAUAGUGGCACGUAAAGGCCUGGGGGACAUGGCUGUGUCCAGCUCAGUGGGCAGUAACAUCUUUGACAUCACAGUGGGUCUUCCUGUGCCAUGGCUCCUCUACUCAUCAUUCCACGGUUUUGCUCCAGUGACCGUCAGCAGCAACGGGCUCUUCUGUACCAUCGUGCUGCUCUUUAUCAUGCUCCUCUUUACCAUCAUCUCCAUUGCAUCCUGUAAGUGGAAGAUGAAUAAGUUGCUGGGUUCCACAAUGUUCCUGCUCUACUUUAUUUUCCUGGUGCUUAGCGUGAUGCUGGAGGAUCGCAUCAUUAUCUGCCCAGUUUCUAUAUGA